UUCACUAGAAAAUCAAUGAGUGCCUUUACCUGUCUUUUUGUAUGCUCUUUAUUAUUCUCCCUCUUAGAAACCUCCAUUCCGCUGGGCACUCUCACUCCAAGUCGAUCAAUCAGAGACGGCGGCGACACAUUAGUUUCAGCUGGUAGAAGAUUUGAAUUGGGAUUUUUCAGCCCGGGUAGUUCAAAGAGCCGAUACGUGGGAAUAUGGUACUUGAUAUCUUCUGAAACGGUUGUAUGGGUGGCUAACAGAGACAAUCCUCUUAACGAUCACUCCGGAGUUCUAACCGUCACCGAUGAAGGAGUUCUUGCCCUUCUCAAUGGCACAAAUAAUAUUAUUGGGUCAACUAAUACGUCAAAAACAGCAGAAAAUCCAGUUGCACAGCUCUUGGAUACCGGAAAUCUCGUUGUGAAAGAUGGAAAUAUCGAUGACCCAGAUAGAUUUCUGUGGCAGAGUUUUGAUUAUCCUUGUGACACAUUCCUACCGGAAAUGAAGCUUGGAAGGAACUUAGUAACUGGUCUAGAUAGGUUCAUAUCAUCUUGGAAGAGCGACGAAGAUCCUGCUCGAGGUGAUUUUUCAGUACGGUUAGAUCUUCGUGGGCUUCCACAAGUGGUUAUUAUGAAGGGGAAUACCAUAAGGGCUAGAGCAGGGUCAUGGAACGGUCUGAGUGUUACGGGACGUUCGGGGUUGAAUCCGAAUCCACUGUUAGAUUAUAAAUUCGUGAUGAAUCAGAACGAGGUCUGCUACGAGUUCAAACCCGUAAACAAUUCUAGUUUUUCAAGAUAUGUACUAAACCCAUCAGGCGUUGCGCAGCGGUUUACAUGGAUGGAUGGCAGACACAGUUGGGAGCUUUUAUCUACAUACCUGUCAGAUCGGUGUCAAAAUUAUGCCUUCUGUGGCGCAUAUGGUACUUGCGAUGUUAAUAACUCUCCCCCAUGUGGAUGCUUGGAGGGAUUCUUACCCAAGUCUCCGAAAGAUCGGAAAUCACUGGAGUGGUCUGAUGGAUGUGUUCGAAGGACUCCAUUGGCAUGCAAUGGAGAUGGCUUCCGUAAGUACACGGGGCUGAAAUUGCCGGACACAUCUUCUUCCUGGUUUGACGAGACCACGAGUCUAUAUGAAUGUAAGGUAUUAUGUUUGAAAAACUGCAAUUGCACAGCAUAUUCAAAUUUAGAUAUUAGGGGAAAAGGAAACGGCUGCGUCCUUUGGUUCGGCAACCUGAAUGAUAUUGAAGUAUUCUCCCAGCGUGGGCAAGAGCUGUACAUAAGGAUGGCGAGUUCAGAAUUUUCAGAAAAUACUGGGAAACAGGGGAAAUCCAGCAAGAUAAAACGAGCAGGAAUAAUAGUCGGCGCUGCAAUAUUAGUCAUUGGAAUUCUAACACUUGGAAUGAUUUCAUACAUACGGAACAAGAAAUUUAUUUUCAAAGGAAUGACUAAAAGAAGACACACGAAAGAUUAUGCCAAUGAAGGCCUGAACAAAGACAUGGAGUUACCGAUAAUUGAUUUGACAGCCUUAGCUAAUGCCACCGAUAACUUUUCAAGCAAAAACAAGCUGGGAGAAGGUGGAUUUGGACCUGUGUAUAAGGGAUCACUGGUAGAGGGGGAAGUGAUAGCUGUAAAGAGGCUUUCAAAGAAUUCUGGACAAGGACCUAACGAGUUCAUAAAUGAAGUCAAAUUAAUUGCCAAACUCCAGCACCGCAAUCUUGUAAAGCUUCUAGGGUGCUGCAUGGAAGAAAAUGAGAAAAUGUUAAUCUAUGAAUACAUGCCUAACAAAAGCUUGGAGUCCUUCAUUUUUGACCAGACAAGGAGUAAAUUGUUAGAUUGGCGCAAGCGCAUGAACAUUAUUGGUGGCAUUGCCAAAGGGCUUCUCUAUCUUCACGAAGACUCUAGACUGAGGAUCAUCCAUAGAGAUCUUAAAGCUAGCAAUGUCCUACUAGAUAUUAACAUGAAUCCUAAAAUUUCGGACUUUGGCCUGGCUAGAUCAUUUGGGGGAGAUCAAAUUGAGGCCAAUACCCAUAGGAUUGUUGGAACAUAUGGCUAUAUGUCUCCCGAGUAUGCGGUGCAUGGGAAGUAUUCUGUGAAAUCUGAUGUCUUUAGCUUUGGAGUUUUAGUAUUGGAGAUAGUGAGUGGGAAGAAGAACAGGGGAUUCUGCCAUCCAGACCAUGACCUUAAUCUUCUUGGACAUGCAUGGAGACUAUGGAUUGAAGAUAGGGUGAUGGAAUUAAUCGAUGAAAUAGUAGGUGAUGCAAACACACGAUCUGAAGUAUUAAGAUUGAUUCAAGUGGGUCUGUUAUGUGUGCAACAAAGACCUGAAGAUAGACCAUGCAUGUCGUCCGUGGUUCUAAUGUUAAGCAGUGAAAGUUUAUUGCCCAUCCCAAAGCAACCGGGUUUCUAUAUGGAUUCACCGGAAAGAGAUUCUUCGUCUGGAAAAAAUCCAACUUAUUCAGCAAAUGGAAUCAGCAUUUCAACCUUUGAAGCACGGUAGAUGGUAUCAUUUGGAGCUUAAGGGGAGAGUUUCUUCUCAAGUUUGUGCUUUCUGAAAGUCAAUAUAUCAGCCUAGAAAAAAGGGUUUGCGAGCCGCUUUUGUUCGGGAAAGAACAAAAAGAGAGAGAGAAAAACUAGAUACGUUGUUCUAGUAGAUUUUUCCUCAGACAGAGAACUCUAUUACGUGUUUUGAACUGUAUGUUCUUUGAUGAUUUAUAGAAUCAUCUACUUCUUAAUGCAUGCUCUAAAUUGACGCCCAAUCCAAUGAAUUCAUUGUCACCCGAAAUUCAGUUGAAUAGUGUAAUUGUAUAUUUUGACUAAGCAUUGACCAAACAUCAUCCCCAGAAAACGUUGUCGGCCUUUGAGCUUUUAACCCCGGUCGUAAUCAACCUCUGUAGCGUAUAGAUAUU